AUGGCCGGGGGAGGGAACAGGAGAGGGGCCGGCGCCGAGGAGCUGAGGAUCGGCAGCGGCAACGUGUUCGCGGCGCUCGAGACGCUCAAGAAGAAGAAGCCGGCGGCAGCCGAGAAGAAGCAGGCGCCGGUGGUGGAAAAGCCGGAGGUGUUCUCGGCGCCCGCGCCGCUCACUGCCAAGUCCUGGGCCGACGUUGAGGACGAUGACGAUGACGACUACUUCGCCACCACCGCCCCGCUGUGCCCCGUGCGGGAGGCCCAGGGGGACGACGCUGAUGCCGGCCACGAGGACGACAAGGAGCACUCUGCCCUUGAACAGGUCCACCUCGAAAUUGAGAGUGAAGAUGAUAGCCUUGAUGAUGAGGUUGAUGCUGCUGCUGAGGAUGAACAUGAAGCAGGAGAUGCUGUCCCUUCUGAGCCGGCAGUUCAGAAAGCUGUAGCUCCACUAGUACCUCCUAAAGAUACCGAAAGACAGCUCUCCAAGAAGGAGUUAAAGAAAAAGGAGUUGGAAGAGCUUGAUGCUGUAUUGGCUGAGUUGGGAAUUUCAUAUGAAUCAAGUAAUGCUACUCAAGAUGAAACAAAUGACAAGGAAGGUAUGGGCCAGGCUGCUGAAGCAGGGAAAAAGGAAGAUGCAUCCGCUCCUCUGGAGAGUAAGACCUCCAAGAAGAAGAAAGCUAAGAAAGACAAGUCUUCAAAGGAGGCAGAAGAAACACUGGAUCAGAACAAUGUGGUCGACAAUGCUGCUGGUGUAGAACCUGAUGAAGAUGUUGCUUCAGUGGAUGUCAAGGAGCGCAUAAAGAAAGUAGCAUCAAUGAAGAAAAAGAAAUCGAGCAAAGAGAUGGACGCAGUAGCAAAGAUUGCAGCAUCUGAGGCGGCCGCUAGGAGAGCAAAGCUUGUGGCAGCGAAGAAGAAAGACAAGAACCACUAUAAUCAGCAGCCCCUGCGGUGA